AUGUCUUCUGCAUAUAUUGAUGAGGAUAUAAAGAAGUCGGUUUGGGAGGGAAAGAUACCAGUCCUAUUCACAUUAUCACAGAAUGAUCUUACUACUCAUAUGGCACCAUCACCAAUCACUUUGAUGGUACCAAGGAACUCAUACUUCCCUUUGAUAACAGGAGUGGUAAGGGAUCAUUUCUCUUAUAGUACAUUGGUUAUAUCUGAGGAGUUGUGGCUGGAAUACAAAGGAAUACCACUCAAGUGGCAUCUACCAAUAGGUGUACUGUUUGAUAUGUUGGUUGCAGAUGAUAGUGUAGGUGGUGGUAACAACAACAGUAACAACAACAACAGUAGCAACAACAACAACAACAGUAACAGUAACAGUAGCAGCAAUGAUUAUCAUGGAUCAAACUCAACACCUGUCAUUUGGAAUGUAACAGUACACUUCCAGUCCUACCCUGAGAAGGUGUUACUUCGAUGUCCCAACGAGGAGUCAGUUCAGACAUACUACAAGAAUGUGUUGAAGGAGGCCAACUACAUCAAGCUGGGCGAUAUAAACAAGUGGAACAACCUCAAUAUCAAUCAAUCGAAUGAGUUAUGGGAUGGACUCAGACUUCAUGACUAUGAGAAGUUCUGGUCGAUCAACAAGAUAUUCUACCCAGUGAGCAGCAAUGGAUAUAAGCAUGUACCAGUUAGGAUCAUACAGAACAACAAGAGUCCUCUUCAAGAUCUAUUCCCACCAUUCAAAGACAAUGGUCAAGAAAUGACUUUGGAAUCAUUGUUUAGCAAGAUUCCUUGGACUCCUGCCUCCAACAACAACAACAACAAUAUUGAACAAUCAGAACAACAACAACAACAAUCUACACUGUUACAAUCAUUGAAGACCAAUGACAACAGUAGUGGUACACUGCGAUACUUGAUUCAAGGUAUCGAGCCACCUUUGGACACAUCACUCGUCUGGCUUGGCGAGUACUUUAGUCAUCCAGACAACUUCCUGUACAUUGUCAUACUCAAUCCAUCAUCAUCAUCAUCCUCAUCCUCCUCGAAUAAUAAUAAUAAUAAAUAA